GCCGCAUUCGAUUUUAUUAACGUUUUUACAUUCGUAGAGUACGCGCGCGAAUCGCUCUUCAGCUAAACGGUGUAUAUGAAUAUUGCAAAGUGUGCGAAGAAAGUUAAGUUGAGAAAAGUGUUGCAGAAACGAUUGUAGCGCGUUGUGCCGCAGAUUUAUCACAGUGCUUAAAGUAUAAUUGCGGAUAUCGUUCGUAGUAACAAGCUGCGCAUUAAAUACUUUUACUGCGAUAACCGCAUGCUGUUUUCGAAAAAUAGGCAUUACAGGCAACACACACACACACAAGGAAACAUAAAGUUGCUGCCACACGAGACUAUAAAGCGACCAUAGCUUAGCAUAGUUGCCAGCGCAACAACAACAACAUUUAAUUGCAACAACGGCAAAUUGUUUGUGCACACAAACGUUUUGCGGCACUCAGCGCACCCCAGAGCUGGGCGCCUCAUUUGAGGCACGCGAGUUAACUACCAGUUUGGCGGCAAUUUUUUCUAUAGAUCGUUGUUGUAGUUGGGUGUUUGGGAAAAAAAUCACAACGGAACAUGAACAGCAAUUAAGUGCGGCAGCAACAACAAACGCCCACAAGCCACUGGAAACGACAAGUGAAAGAAGCAAAUCAAUGCAAGCUGUGCGCCUACAUACACACACACACACACACGCGCGCGACUAAGUGCCACAUGUGCAACUGAUUACUUCAAGCGCCGUUGUUUGCUUAUUGAAUUCGCUGCUGAARAAGAAGAAGAGGAACGUAUCAAAAGCGAAACAAAAACAAAAAAACGCAAAAAACUGGCAAUUAGGCGCGUGAGUUGACCAGUAGCCAAGGCAGCGGCAGAGACCAACAACCGCAUUGCGGUCAUAAAACGAAGCGACAGCGACAGCGACAAGAAAAUAGCGAAAAAUCGCAACAUAACCUCAAAGCUAGCAACCGCAAUAAGAGCGUAAUAAUAAAGCUACAAAUAGUUAAUACACACACGCGUGCAACUUGUUUGCAUUUGCCUUAAAUUGCCGCAUUUAAUUGCAACACAAACCACAAACCAGCUGCACGAGAUAUCCGCAACAGGUACACAGCGCCAGCGCCAGCACCGCCAACAAAAACAAGCGCACAAACACGGCGUGGCGAUUCCGAAACGAAUUAGUUCAAGCGUGUGCGCACAUGUUACGAUAACAACAACAAUAAUAACAACUGAGCAAACAUAUUUACAACAUAUUUGGCGCAAUAAUCGCCAAUUGACUAACGGCAAGUGCAACGACCGCCACGCGCAUUGCCGACGCCGCCAUCACCGCUGCCACAACCUUGGCCACGACAAUUGGAUUACCACAGCUGGUUUCACUAUUUCGAUUUUGAUUGCUGUUGUUGCACACAUACACUGCAGCGCUUGGGGCAGCACGAUUUUGGUGUUUGCAAGUUCAAGCGCAAACGCAAACGCAAGCGGCAAGUUCCGUUCAAUUAGCGAAGCGCGACCAUAAAGAAGGCGACGGCCGCAACACGCCAGAGCGUUUGAGCAGCACGCGAGCAGGAAGUCCGGGCAGGAACCAAAGCAUGUGCAAGUCGCAUAUGCUGCGUGACUAAAGCAACGUGUGAAGUUGUUGCUGCAACUUUGUUAGCCGAAACAUUGCAGAGGUUGUCAACCUGCGGUUUAUGGUGCGCGCACUCCUCAACAACGCCAUAACGCUCUAAGUAAUGCGAAGCGCUGUGUAGCAGUGACAUAAAAAGCAACGGCAAAUAUAGUUGUUAGUGUAUUUAAUUUGCGCGUAACCUUGAUCUUGCUGGACGUAACCAUAGUGCCGCUAAAGUGUACUUCCGCGCGCCUUGUUAGCGCUGAGCGCCAAAUAAGCGCGUUGCUGCAGCUUUUAUAUAUUACCACACCCAUCACCAAACAGUGAUUCCCCAACGCUUCAGCACGUACCACUUCCACCUACUGUACCUGAUCCCAUAUCAACUAUCAACGUCGCGCCUUACACGUGCCGCGCUCAAUGUAAAAUGUUAGCAAUCGCCAAAUGGAGUCUGCUAGCUACAAUUGUUAACAGUUUGCUGUUAUGCACUUUAGCCAUUGAGCGACCACCAGCGCUGGCCCACGUAGGCAACGUAGCGUCACAAACCGCAUCCGCGCAUCAACAAGCAACACAAACGACGCGUAAUGUGCGCGAAAGCACAGCGUAUAGCGCGCCGCAUACGUCGCUGUUGCAGCAAACAUCAUGGUUAAAUACAGCCCCAGCGGUAACAGUGGCGCCUGCCGCGGACAGUCGACGCACCGCGCGCAACCUUUACGCGCCCUUCAAUACCUUCAGCAAGUUGGAUGAAGCGCCCUUUACCGAUUGGCACCGACGCGCCGAUGGCACAGUGGUGCAAACUUUUGGCGCUUAUCGUAGUGGACGCUCCCUUGGCGGGGUCGCGCAAAAAACACAAGCGCAAAUGCACAACGCCGCUGCACAACGUCGCUCUGACGUCAUAACUACCGUCGAGGUGAUACCAGCACCUGGCAUUGAACUUUCCAGCAGUACAAACAAUGCUGCGGCCGGUAAUGUACCCAUCACAAUACCGAAGCAAGUCGUGCCUGACGCAAAUGCCGCAGCAGCCGCGCCAGUCUCUGCGCCAGUCAUAGUGAAUGCCACGCGCAGUUCACGGCAGCGCAACUAUGUCUACAUACCGCUGCAGCAGCAAGCCACCAGCACAACAUUACUGCCAAAACGCAACAACAACUCUUUUGGUUAUUUGGGUCCACCAGCGCAUGCUGUCGCAGCGGCUGUUCAAGAAUUCGGCGAAGAGUUAUUAAACGCGCGCACAGAUCGGAGCGAUUUAGCGAUUGCGCCAGCGCCGGGCGCACCAAUCACAUCCACAGACAAAGCCGAUUUUGAUGAUGAGGAUCCGGCGCGUCGCAAUGGUUUCAAAUUCCCGAGUUACAGCCUCAAACCAGCUAGUCCUUUCUAUCCACAAGGUUACCGCGAGGAUAAUCCGAUAUUCACGGAAACCACAGACUUCGAGGCACCUUAUAGCGAAGACGCGCUAGCGCAGGACACACGUCACACGCGGCAGCUCAUCUAUGAAAACAGCGACGCCACACCGAUUUCACAUCCUUUCGAAUUUCCCGGCUUGAUGUCCAAUAACAAGCCACAUACUUUAAGCUCCGCUAUCGCUGCUGGUAAAUUGUUUCGUGAAGAGGUCACCAAGUUUGGUGAUGUGAACGGUCCCAUAACAGCAGUACCACAACGUCCACAACGCGGUUUGUUCUUUGGUGAUACGGAAUUUCGUACGGGCCCACCACGCCCAUUUGUGCCACAGAAAGCGUUUAAUGAAUACGUCGGACCGAAUGGCCCCGUCGAUUAUCAGAGUUCGCGAAAGAGUCGCUUUUUCCCCUUCAAAUCGUCACGCAGCCCUCGAGUCGUCUUCCCUGUGAACGAUAAUAUAGGCACAACGGGACCUAGUGGUACCGGCAAUGGCGUAUACUUUAGCGAUAGUGUUGCUUUCAGAGAUCAAAAUUUCGGUAUCAACGAUUUGGCCGCCAUUCAAGAUGUACGCAAUGAAUUCAGUCUACAAGAUAUUGAUGGCACAUCCGAAAGCAGUUUGACGGGCGCUCCAUCAUCGGGUACAUUCAAAGAAAAAGGUUGCGGCAUUUCGCUGGCCAAACAGGCCGCGCAACGGCGCAUAGUCGGCGGCGACGAUGCCGGUUUCGGUUCGUUUCCCUGGCAGGCGUACAUACGUAUCGGAUCCUCGCGAUGCGGCGGUUCAUUGGUGUCGCGUCGUCACGUCGUCACCGCCGGUCAUUGUGUGGCACGUGCCACACCACGGCAGGUCCAUGUCACUCUCGGCGAUUACGUAAUCAACUCUGCGGUUGAACCAUUGCCAGCUUACACGUUCGGUGUGCGUCGCAUCGAUGUGCAUCCGUAUUUCAAAUUCACACCGCAGGCGGAUCGUUUCGAUGUGUCCGUUUUGACGCUGGAGCGGCCGGUGCACUUUAUGCCGCAUAUAGCGCCUAUUUGCCUACCGGAGAAGAAUGAGGACUUUCUUGGAAAAUUUGGUUGGGCAGCGGGCUGGGGUGCCUUAAAUCCUGGUUCACGAUUGAGGCCGAAGACUUUACAAGCCGUGGAUGUGCCAGUGAUUGAGAACCGCAUUUGCGAACGCUGGCACCGUCAAAAUGGCAUCAAUGUUGUCAUCUAUCCCGAAAUGAUGUGCGCUGGCUAUCGCAACGGCGGCAAGGACUCCUGUCAGGGUGACUCUGGCGGACCGCUGAUGCAUGAGAAGAACGGACGUUGGUAUUUAAUCGGCGUGGUUUCAGCUGGCUACUCGUGCGCCUCGCGCGGCCAGCCGGGCAUCUAUCAUCGUGUACCCUAUACGGUAGAUUGGAUAUCCUACGUCGUCGGUCUGACAACGAAUGUGUAGUAAAAGUGAAUCAUCUCAACUUCACUUACUUCAAUUCUACUGCGAAAUUGAAAUAUUAUAUUUUAAUACCGAAUGUCGCAAACUAAAAAUGCUCAAAACUUUCACAUUUAUCGAUUUCUUAUUUAAUUUUUCAAAAAAUGAUUUCUACAAGCUUUCGCUAGCCACUUUUCUAUUUUAGUUUUAGUAAAGCAUAUUUAUUUGUAGCGUUUCACGAUUUCACAUCUUUUUCGAGUUUUGUAAAUAGUUCUUAUUUUAUUUGAACACAUUCUUUGUUUGUUGUUGGCAUUUGCACUCACUUAUACAUAUAUAUUAUAUGCUAAUGUUGGAUAAUCGUUAAAUUAAUUAGUUAAGCGCAUAACGGGUCAUUGCUUCAUUUAAGUGUAAGCUGUAAGCUGUAAGCACAGCUUUGUAUUUAUAUUAAAAACAAAUGAAAAUAUUUAUAAAUAUAUCACCUAAGUGAGCAUAUAAAUAUAUAUAUUUAGUUAUAGGUUUGUAUAUUUAAUAUACACAUACAUAUAUAUUUGUAAUUAGUUGCAUAUAACGGUGGUUUCUUGUACUAUAUAUACUAUUUAGUCAUAAUUUUGCACUUAAAUGCUCUGCAAGUGAAAGCAAUAAAUAUAAAUACCUGCAUAAGUACAUAUUUACGAAUGUGUAUAGCUUCUGUAGUGAUGUAAAUAGUAUGUAGAGCUAUUAAUUAGUUAUUAAUUUUUAUA